AUAUGUGUAUGUGUGGGGCUGAGAGGAAGAUUUAGGAAUUCGUCUGCAGACUUGAAGCGUCGCCGUGGUGAAAAAAAUAACAAUGGCUUAGCCCUCUGGCGAGUCUCUUCUUCUGCUUCGGGUUAAAACUUCUGGCUACAGCCGAUCCUCCUGAGGAGCCGCAUCAGCAGCCCUUCCCAGCAGCCCCUGCACCCCUCCAGCGCACUCUGGCAGCGGGAGCAGGAUGGAGGCGUCGUUCGGUCCGACCUUCUCAGCCGUGGCUGGCGCAGCUAAAGCUGAAGGAUCCAGCUCCUACAAGCAGCACAGAAGAACUCCCUCUUCCUCCAGCACCCUGACUUACUCCCCCCGCGAUGACGACGAUGGAAUGCCUCCCAUCGGCACUCCCCGGAGGUCCGAUUCGACCAUCUCCGUCCGAUCCCUCCACUCCGAGUCCAACAUGUCGCUGCGCUCCACCUUCUCUCUGCACGAGGAGGAGGAGGACACGGAGCCCCAGGUGUUUGCGGAGCAGCCCUCAGUGAAGCUGUGCUGCCAGCUGUGCUGCAACGUGUUCAAGGACCCCGUCAUCACCACAUGUGGACACACCUUCUGCAGACGAUGUGCCUUGACUUCAGACAAGUGCCCGGUGGACGCCGCCAAGCUGACCGUGGUGGUCAACAACAUCGCGGUGGCCGAGCAGAUCGGGGAGCUGUUCAUCCACUGUAAAUACGGCUGCAGGUCCACGGCCGGCGCCGGGGCCGGGGCGGCGGGCGGAGCCGUGGGCGGCGCCGCUGCCUCCGCCGCCACGGUGGCCGGGAAGCCCGGAGCGUUCGAGGUGGAUCCCCUGGGCUGCCCGUUCACCAUCAAGCUGUCCACACGCAAAGAACACGAGUCGAACUGUGACUACCGGCCGGUGCGCUGCCCCAACAACCCCUCCUGCCCGCCGCUGCUCACCAUGAACCUGGAGGCUCACCUCAAAGAGUGCGAGCACAUCAAAUGUCCACACUCCAAAUACGGCUGCACCUUCAUCGGGAACCAGGACACGUAUGAAACGCACCUGGAGGUUUGUAAGUUCGAGGGACUGAAGGAGUUUCUGCAGCAGACGGACGACAGGUUCCAUGAGAUGCAGCUGACGCUGGCCCAGAAGGACCAAGACAUCGCCUUCCUCCGCUCCAUGCUGGGGAAACUCUCUGAGAAGCUGGACCAAGUCGAGAAGAACCUGGAGCUUAAAUUCGACGUUCUGGACGAGAACCAGAGUAAACUCAGCGAGGACCUGAUGGAGUUCCGUCGAGACGCCUCCAUGCUUAACGAUGAAUUGUCUCACAUCAACGCCAGACUCAACAUGGGAAUCCUGGGCUCGUACGACCCCCAGCAGAUCUUCAAGUGCAAGGGGACGUUCGUGGGCCACCAGGGCCCCGUCUGGUGUCUGUGCGUCUACUCCACCGGGGACCUGCUCUUCUCCGGAUCCUCCGAUAAGACCAUCAAGGUGUGGGACACCUGCACCACCUACAAGUGUCAGAAGACCCUGGAGGGCCACGACGGCAUCGUGCUGGCUCUGUGCAUCCAGGGGAACAAGCUGUACAGCGGCUCGGCGGACUGCACCAUCAUCGUGUGGGACAUCCAGACGCUGCAGAAGGUCAACACCAUCCGCGCUCACGACAACCCCGUGUGCACGCUGGUGUCCUCGCACAACAUGCUGUUCAGCGGCUCCCUCAAGGCCAUCAAGGUGUGGGACAUCGUGGGCACGGAGCUGAAGCUGAAGAAGGAGCUGACGGGUCUGAACCACUGGGUUCGAGCUCUGGUGGCGUCUCAGAACCACCUGUACAGCGGCUCGUACCAAACCAUCAAGAUUUGGGACAUCCGCUCUCUGGAGUGCGCUCACGUCCUGCAGACCAGCGGGGGCAGCGUCUACUCCAUCGCCGUCACCAACCACCACAUCGUCUGCGGCACCUACGAGAACCUCAUCCAUGUGUGGGACAUUGAGUCCAAGGAGCAGGUGCGCACGCUGACGGGUCACGUGGGGACGGUGUACGCCCUGGCCGUCAUCUCCACCCCCGACCAGACCAAAGUGUUCAGCGCCUCGUACGACCGCUCGCUGCGGGUGUGGAGCAUGGACAACAUGAUCUGCACCCAGACGCUGCUGCGCCACCAGGGCAGCGUCACGGCGCUCGCCGUGUCCCGGGGGCGGCUGUUCUCCGGCGCCGUGGACAGCACCGUCAAGGUGUGGACGUGUUAAAGGAGUCGGCAGGAGUCAAGCUGAGCCCACUCCUCCUCCUCUUCAUGCUCUUCUUCCUCUUCUCUUGGAUUGUGAUCUUCAUCCUCCUCAGUGGCCUCUUCCUCCUCCUCCUCCUCCUCCUCAUCAUCAUCAGUGCAUUAUGAGCUGCUCACAGCAGACAGACUAGACGCUGUUCAGUGGACGUCCGCCGCUGCCGCCGUGGCUUCGGCUCUGCGAGGUGAAAAUAAUUCAACCUGAGAGGAACGCCGGGGAAUCCAGCUGCAUUCAGGUGGAGGCCCCGCCGGGCUCGAACCUCGGGUCCACUGCACCACCUGCUCGCUCUCAGCGUGUUGUGAAGCCAGCGGAGUGCGGUAGUUUUGUAUCAGUGCCAUGUCGGAGCUGUUGUACAGUAAAAGAAGCGGAGAGGACUUCAGCCUGCGUGCAUGCACGUGCCUGUUACUGUGUACACGUGAGUGCUGCACGUGUGUGUGUGUGUGUGUGUGUGUGUGUGUGUGUGUGUGUGUGUGAAUGAGUGAGUGAGUGUGCGCGUGUCUCCCUCCUGCAGAUUAACACCAAUCGAGUGACUUUCCUGAACGAUGCUAUUUGAGAACCCAUAUUGGGUCGAAACUAUGACGAAGAGACUAAAGAAGCCUUUUAAAGAGCGUUUUUAUCCCGGUAAAGUCGCACAAUUUAGAUUUUUACUGUGUGUGUGUGUGCGCGCGCGCUAAGGAAGUCGAAGGAGGAGGAAGCAUCUGCUCACAGUUUCAGUGGUUUAUUGUAAACUUGUAAUCACAUAAGCCAAGUUGAUCAUUGAUCAAUAAAACUGUUGUACACUUU